UUCCUUAAUUCCUGUUCUUCUCGUAACCUUCUAUUCACUAUUAUCGAAAAGUUUAUCUUUUAAAAUAAAAAAAUAACAGAAUAUACGGAUGUUGGAUACGCGAAUUAAAAGAAGUCUGUCUGAUGCUGGUUAAUUUAAGCUCAAGUGCUUUAGAUUACACAGAGAGUUUAAUGGAAAGGAAAGACGUCAGGGAAAAAGGAUCUCUAGAAGAUAUUAUUAAACAAAAUAAAAAAAAUAGUUACUGUAAAAAUAAAACUGGAGAUUUAAAACGCAAAUAUCACGUUGCUCGAGAGUACAAUACGUUCCCAUGUAACUAUGGGUGGUAGUUGACAAAAGAGGGGACGAUAUAUUUGUGGAUAUAUAAUGAAGACAAGAUAAAAUUUUUGGACCAAGAAAUUCAAAAUUCAGCGAGUUAUUAAAAUCUCCCAAAACUCAAAAUAAAAAGUCCUGCUGCAGUGAUAGCGACCUUCGCAGUACCGGAAAUAAAAAAAAUCCAAAAAGUUUAUUAAACUAAAAGUAUAUUCGAGAUUUGUAUAAUGAAGAUCCAUACACAGAUGAAAUUUAUCAGUUAGGAAAUCUUUGAGCUACGGCAGUUCGUCCACCAAACCAAUAAAAUUUGUCUUAUUCAAAUAUGGUACCGGCUUUCGUCUCUAAGCGGGUGAAAGAAUUCUAAAUAACUUCUGCCAUUAAUAUUCAAUAAGAGAAGUCAUGACUUUAACGUAUUGUUAUACAAAUUGAAUACUAAAUAUAUAGACGUUUACCAUCUUUUCUUCAGAAAUAAUAAAAUUUAAAAAUAUUAAAAACAUUAAACAUCAAAAAAUUAUAAAAUAUUCAGUACAAUUUUGAGCUCAUACUAUCAAUAUUAAGAGCUGGAACAACGCCAUUGGAGUUUUUCAUGCUAAAGCAUUUUAAAUUUGAAAAACAGACCCUAAAGUCAUUGCUGCUAUAUAUAUACAUUUUUAGGGGCAUUGCUGUCCUCUAACAAUGAGUAAAACAUAAAAUAUACAUAUAUAUGUAUAUGUUGUGAAGUCUAUUUAAAUUGAUAACCUAAUUGAGAAAAAAUUACAUGAACUUUAACAUUGAUAUAAUGAAGUUAAUGAUCAUAUGCAUCAUAUCUAUCUAUUUAUGAAAUAGGCCUCAAUGACAACAGACUACGUUUGUAACGUCAUCAUAUUCUGUCACUUGCUUUUGUGUAACAAUGAGAAUAUCACUUUUAUUUUAUAUUUACCUCAUAGACUGUGUGACGUCUUCUGAAGAAAACUCUCCAAGAAUAAUAAUUGUUGGUUCAGGUGCAUCUGGUAUUGCAGCAGCUUCAAGACUUCUUUUAAAUGGAUUUUCUGAUAUCACUAUUUUUGAAGCAGAAAAUAGAAUUGGCGGGAGAAUUUUUUCUACAAAAAUCGGUGAAUAUUUAGUCGACAUAGGAGCCGAGUGGGUUCAUGGAGAAAAAAAUAAUGUUGCAUUUAGAUUAGCGUGGCCGUUGGAUCUUCUUGAAAAAUCAACUGAACAUGGAGGGUUUAAAUGGACAAAUAAAAUUUUUGGAUCAUCAGGGCACAUAAUACCUGAAGAAAUAGCAACUCCGCUAUUAUUUUAUGUUGAUGAGGAGAAAAAAGAUGAGUUCGGAGAUAUAAACAAAUUAAAAACUGGCUCAUUUGGCGAAUUUGUAGAAAUUCAAUUUAAUCGUUACUUUAAAAAACAUCCAGAAAUAACUCCUGAUCUCCAUAAGCCAUUGUUACAUUUAUUAGAUUUGUUAACAUUGAUAUCAGGUGCUGGAAAAACUUGGCAUGAAAUUUCAUUAAAAGGUCCAAAAGAUUACGACUACUCGGAAGGCGAUCAACUAAUUAAUUGGAAAGAACGAAGUUACACUACUAUUUUAGAUAUACUUAUGAAAAAAUAUCCAAAUCCAGAAGAAGAACUUGCAGUAAAAAAUGCAACUAAAUUAAAUACCAAAGUUACUGAAAUAAAAUUGAAUAAAAAUCACCCUGUUGUCAAAGUGACAACUGCUAACGGGCAAGAAUAUUUUGCUGAUCACGUAAUAGUAACAGUAUCUUUAGGUGUACUUCAAAAAAAUUGUGAUAAAUUAUUCAGUCCGCCGCUGCCUAAAACAAAACUAAAUGCAAUUAAAAAUUAUUCUUUUGGGCAUACAGCUAAAAUAAUUAUUUAUUAUGAUAAUCCUUGGUGGUUAGAUGAUCCAGUUUAUAGCAGAUCUAUUUACUGGACUGAAGAAGAUAGAAGGAAAAUUGAAAAUGACCCGCAAAAAAGGUGGAUGCUGGGAAUAUCUGAGGGAGUGAGGGUCGAAUACAGGCCGAAAUUAAUUCUUUUUUGGGUAACUGGGCCGUAUGUAACUGAGAUGGAAUUGAUUCCUGAACAAUUGUUCCGACAGCAAGUAAAACAAUUUAUUAAAAAAUUUUUUGGAAAAGCCUAUAAGCUUACAGAGCCGGCGAUAAUAAAGCGGAGUCUUUGGAAUACAAAUGAAAAUUUUUUAGGAACUUACAGCUUCCGCGGGCUACAAGCUGAUGCCGCUGAUGUUCAUAUUGAAGAUUUGGCUGAACCAGUUGUACAAUACAAUAAACCUGUACUGCAGUUCGCUGGUGAAGCUACCACCCAUAAAUAUAGUACAGUUCACGGAGCUAUUGAAUCCGGAUGGCGUGAAGCUAAUCGUAUAAUAAAUUCAUAUAGUAGAGACUAUGCUUCUUAUUAA